AUGGCAUUGUCAUAUUCAGAUCAGUCAACAACAGCAAAUGAUAUUUCAGAGGAGACCAAAAACAAUCAAGAAGAAAACCCAACAUUGAAAUCAAAGAGUUUACAAUAUAAAGAAGAGAAUGCAUCAUUUAAUGAACAAAUCGGAAAUUCAUUAACAAUUCCGCAUGUAAAUCAACAUCCAAUGUCGCAAUCAGCUUUGUUUCCUGAAAAAUCUCAGUCAUCAAUAAUUACCGAACCUCAUCCAGUUGGGCAGUGGCUAUCAAUGAAUUCUGCUCUAAACCGUUGA